AUGGAAUUCGAAUUGUCGGAUGGCUCCCCAUGGCUCUUUCUGACGGAGAAGCUCGCCGACUACUCCAUCAUCUGCCAAAAUGCCGUGUUCCGCGUCCACAGGGCCAUCCUUAGCUUUCACUCUGGCUAUUUUGAGGCCGUGUUCCGCACCAACUCGCAGGAAGCUCAGGAUGGCGGGACCGUCCUACCCGAUAUCGACGCACAGGAUAUGCUAUGCCUUCUCGACUUCUUUUACCGAGAAGUGCUAGACUUCAUCUUUCCACCGGAGGAUAUCAAACGCAACCUUGGCAUCUGGAUGUUGGCCCAGCGGUUCCAGGCGAACAUUGCGAUGCGGUCGAUUGAGAAACGCUUGGCGUGUUAUCUCGCCGACUACGAAUGCAAGAAAGUCGGAGCGCAGACUCACUAUCUGAACAAGAUCUUCUCCCAUCCAGUCUGUUCCACAUCCGCCCUCGGUAGUAUGUUUGCAGAGGCUGCCUGGGUCGUCUCCCUCGACAUGGCGGAUCAUGGAAGCUGGCUCGCCAUCUUCAACGCCUCGGUCAAAUUCCCAGCGUUGAUGUUCAACAUGCUUUGGUGGGCUGGGUGGUACGCGCGGACCGCGAACACCAAGGGUUGUGUGGCUGGCCAGCUGAUCGACUCUGUGGCCGCCAAGGAAGCCAGGAUGUUGAAAAUCGCAACCAAGCUCACCAGAGGCCUAGAUGUCAUAUUCAACAACAAUGCCUCUGAUGUCGCAAACGACGUUGCCUGA